UGUCAGCUCAUCAGCUGGAUGUAGAUGUACAAUGUUUUGGUAUUUUUUCUUUAGUAAAAUAUGUAAAAGUUAACCAAUUUCUAACUAGAGACAAUGAUUCUUAAGUAGCAAAACUAUAGGAUAGAGCAUAGAAAUGAUUAUUUCAAGACUCUUGCUCCUAAGACCAUUCAAUAGAAACAAUUUUAGACCACGUAUUAAAUACUGUACAACGAAAACUGAAGCGGAGAUAGAAAAAGAAAAGGAACUUGAGCGGAUAGCAAAUGACGCAUCAAUAGAUGAACCCCCAACAUCAUGCUGCCAAUCCGGCUGUGCCAACUGUGUCUUCAUUGUGUGGGCGGAGACCUUGAGUAAGAAGAUGAAUAAUGCGGGCCCGGAGAUAGCAGAGAAGAUCAUGAAGUCGGUUCAAGACCCAUCUCUGAGAGCCUACUUGGAAAUGGAGCUAAGGCUGCGAGGAGUUAAGAAAUAGCUUCAUUUAGUUAAUAGAACUUAUGCAGUCAGAAUCAAAUAGGUAAAUAGUGAUGGUCAAAGUGGCCAAAUAUAUUGUAACACCUGUGUUACCAUAGAAACAAGGUGUGUUCCGAUAUAUUUGGCCACUUUGCCAUCAUUAUUUAUUUGAUGCUACCUGUACUGUACGCACAUAAUGUUGAGCUAGUCAUAUCUUACAAGGAAGGGUUCCCAACUGGUCAGCUCCGAUUUGAUUUAUUUUUAUAUAUGUUAUAGAGUAGUCUAAAAUAACAGACGUAUUUUUUUUUAGCUGUCCAUACUCAACUUACUGGGAGAAAGUGGCCUCCAAAGUACGGAAAAGUGACAAAACACUCUAAAUUCUGUAGAGAGUUUUGUUCAAGCAAAUUGCUAGAUAAUUACUGGUUUAAAUACAUGUUGGAAAACAUGAAAAAAUAAUGGACACAUGUUUUGCUAUUUAGGCUCAAAUUCAUAUUUUACAAAAAAAAACACACUUUGUAUGUUGUAUGAAACCCAAAAAAAAAGUAUUUAUUAUUCAGAAUUUUAUUUAAGUAUCUAUUUACACACUAUUUGCACAUGUGAUUUAUAAGUUUUGAAGUUGAAAAACAUUUUUAUUUCUAUUUCUUAUAAUUUUUCAAAGGUAUUUUGAUUAAAUUUCACCUAAAAAAUCAUAAAAACUCUUAAAUCGCACUUUAAAAUAAUGAGAAAACUACUACUUAGGUACAUAAAAACCAAAAAAUAAUACAUAAUAUUUUUUUUUUGGAUUUCAUACAACUUUGAAAAAUUUCAAAGUUCAUGAGCACCCUCUUCUAUACUCUAAAUCAGCGGUCGGCAACCUGCGGCCCGCGGGCCGCAUGCGGCUCGCGAAACUCACUUGCGGCCCGAGAGGCGCCUUGGCUAUUUUGUAUGUAAUAAUGACAAACGACAAUGUCUCAUAAAGUCAUAAAUAUUAACAAAGUACGGCCCGCGUCACCUCCGUUAACUACUAUUGGCCCUUGCCUGCUAAAAGGUUGCCGACCGCUUUAGUUGAGAUAAGAUUACAAAACUUGGCGUAUUUUGUCAACAUAACAAGUGU